UUACCCCUUGUCUCACAGCCCUGUCUCUGUAUCAUUCCCCUUUCCCCUUCUUUCUCUGCGAUUUCGUUCUCGUCUUCUUCCCUAUGUUUUCUCUCUCUAAAAACUGUCCUCUCUCUCCCUCUUCAUCUCCUUCACGAUGUGAGGCUGAGCCCUAGAACCAGCGCCAUGUCUCUUCGCAAAUCGUUUCUCUCUCGGAAGUUCUCCUCCAAGUCGUCGCACAAGGAUCCGAAUGCUGCAGGAGGAAUCGCCCGAGUCGCCGCCUCGGAGGUGGAAGAUGACGCCGGUCAGCCGGGCGGGAGUGGCGACCGGAUGCAGGGUGAAUCUUCUUGGUCCUCCAUGCUACCGGAGCUUCUUGGAGAGAUCAUUCAGCGAGUGGAGGCUUCCGAGGACCGUUGGCCUAACCGCAAAAACUUUGUUUCCUGCGCUUGUGUCUGCAAGCGUUGGAGGGACAUUACUAAGGAGAUCGCGAAGGCCGCCCAUCAUACUGGGAAGAUCACUUUCCCUUCUUGCCUCAAACAGCCUGGACCAAGCGACCUUCCGCAUCAGUGUCUUAUAAAGAGGAACAAGAAGACUUCGACGUUUUACCUUUAUCUUGCCCUUACACCAUCAUUUACAGAUAAGGGGAAAUUCCUCUUAGCUGCUCGGAGAUAUAGGCAUGGAGCUCAUACUGAGUAUAUAAUAUCACUUGAUGCUGAAGACUUAUCCCAAGGAAGCAAUGCUUACGUGGGAAAGUUAAGCUCCGAUUUUCUUGGCACCAAUUUUACAAUUUAUGAUAGCCAACCUCCACAUAACGGUGCAAAGCCAUCAAAUAGUAAAGCAAGUCGCCGCUUUGCGAGCAAGCAGAUUAGCCCACAAGUUUCUGCAGGUAACUUUGAGGUCGGGCAAGUCUCGUACAAAUUUAAUCUCUUGAAAUCAAGAGGCCCCAGGAGAAUGAUAUGCUCUCUAAAGUGCCCAAUAUCAGAAGACACUGGCACCAGCAAACAACCUUGCGAGGACUUGAAGAUGAAGAAACCUGAGGCGGGUCCUUCUUCUUCUGGGUCGACAGUCUUGAGAAACAAAGCUCCUAGAUGGCAUGAGCACCUGCAAUGCUGGUGCUUGAAUUUUCACGGUCGGGUGACAGUAGCGUCAGUUAAAAACUUCCAACUUGUUGCUACCAUCGACCAUAGCCAGCCAGGAGGUAAAGGGGACGAGGAGACCGUCCUCCUUCAGUUUGGGAAGGUAGGUGAUGAUAUCUUUACUAUGGAUUAUAGGCAGCCAUUAUCUGCAUUUCAGGCAUUCGCCAUUUGCCUUACGAGCUUCGGCACGAAGUUGGCGUGCGAGUAGUAGUAUUAUAUUUUGCCAAAAUUUGUUUAAUUAAGAAAAUGGGGCUUGAUUGAGAAAAAAAGAAAAGGCCUUUCUUGUACAUGGUGCUAUUAUUGUGCAAUUGUUAUCACUUUAAAAUGAAGUUCAGGGCAACGAAACGAUACUGUGGUGGUGCUAGCAAGCAUUAUGGCUUCUUUAAAUCUUUAUGUAUAUGUAAUAUAUAAUUAAAAAGGAUGAGAAUUGUUAAUUCAUCUCAAUCUUCUGAUCUA